UCGACGGAGAAUUCAUUUUUUCUGGUCAGUUUUCUAAAAUUUCACAUAUUCAAAGAGAAUUCUUCGAAAAGUGCCACUUUUACGCGAUAUUUGGCCCACAAUUGAUGAAAAAUGUACUGAUAAGACCAAAUCCGCCAUGUUGUGACGUCAGUCUAGUAUCGUCUAUACCUGAUAAGAAAAACACAAAAUUUUCAAAUUUCAUUUUGUACUUUUGUAGUUUGUAGAUUUUAUUGUGUUAGUUUGGUGUUACCAGUGUUUUGUAUUUUGUACUCUUUUGCAUGAACUGACCGAUUAGUGCCUUAUGAGUUGUGAAGUGGUGUUCAGUAGUCAAAAAUUGAAUAAUUUUCGAGAAAUGUAAAGUGUAAUUCGAAUUUCUAUCCUGUAAAGUAGCGGAGAAAUAUCUGAAAAUCAUGAGUUCCAAUUCCAAUGACAAUUUUGAAACAGCCGUUGGUCACCAAAAAGCCGAAAACAUGAUGAGAAGUCAGUUUUACGAUGUCAUGGUAACAGUUGAUACGGAUGUUUAUUAUUUGAAUAAAUUUCAACUGGCUUGGAAAUCGGAUUACUUUGAGAAAUUAUUUACCAAAUAUUCCGAUGGAAAGGAAUGCAGCUUAGUGGAGCUUCCAUUAAUGGAUACUGAUACAUUCUCUGUCAUUGUUGAUAUAAUGUAUGGAGAAGAAUUGAAAUCCGUCUUGAACUAUGACAAUUACGUAACUUUAAUAUUGGCGAUGGAUUACUUGCAAAUGGAGAUCGAUCUUAAGACUUAUUCAAGUUUCAUAGAAAAGAAUCCAUUUCUAGAUAUGAAAAUUUUAAAUUUACUACAUUUCGUUCAAAAGAAUCCGCAUUUUCAUUACUUAAAACAGGCAGUUUUUAAAUACUUAUCCGUUCAUUGGACUGAUGUGCGAAUUCACGACGAAAUUUUAUCCUUACCGGUAGAUAACAUUGUUGGGAUAAUUUCAAGCGAAACAUACGACCAAGAUACCAGUGAAAUGCGCAAAAUUUGUAAAAUUUGCUCCGAGUGGAUCUAUCAUGAUUUGGAAAGUAGACUUCCCCAUGCGACAAUGCUCGUAAAUGCUGCAAAAAGAAGAUUCAGUUAUCGAAAUGAAAUGGAGGACCAAAAUUUCAGUAUAAAAUUACAUGACACCGAACGAAUAAAACCAGAAAUUAUUGCGAAAACUCUCUACAAAUUGUUAGUGAACGAUGGAGAGAUCAAAGUGGUUGAAGAAUUAUUGAAAGAUGACGGAGAAAGUACGUUAAUCAGCGUCGAUGAAGGAGACAAACGAAAAAAGUUGUUAAGAUUAUUAGAAAAUGAUUAUUUCUGGGAUAUCGCUGUCAAAGUUGAAGAGAAAACUUACAAACUUCAUCGGUUUAAAUUAAAUUCGGCAUCUGGCUAUUUCGCUGAAAUUUUUUCUGUCAAGCGUUGUAAAGCAAACACUCAGUGCACAGCAACACCUACGACCGAGCAACCGAAUGAAAGUGAGGAAUAUCUGCUACAUGAUAUCGAUCAAACCACGUUCGACAUGAUUACAAAAUUCAUCUAUUUUGAAGAAAUGCAGAUAACACCUGAAAAUGUAACUGUUUUGUUGAAAGCUGCCCACUUCUUGAGAACUGAAGAAUUAUUUAACGCAUGCGUUUUAUGGAUGAAAAAGAAUAUUGAAGAAGUUUUGACCAAUUCAGAAUUAGGCGAUACGUUGCCUGUUUGUCUCACUCCUUUCGAUGUAUUGGAGGAUUUACUUUUAUCUCUUGAUACGCCUUCAAAAAUCUGUUUCGAUAAUCCACUUAAAAUAGUAGACGUAUGUUCGAAAUGGGUGAUCCACGAUCCAAAAAAUCGAUACCAUCUGAUACCACAAAUCGCCCUGGCUAUAAAUCGCAAUCGAAUGAUAGAUUAUAAUGAUUAUAAGUUGGAAGCACCUGCAGAUUUAAACAACUGUUCAGAGCAACUGGUUCGAAAUGAAUUAUGGAAAUCUUUAUGUUCAAGUUCGUUAGUCCCUUCCACCAUAAAAACACCGGAGAACUACGAAAAGAAAUUGAAAGAGAUUCCUGUGUUUAUUGCAUCAACUGAGGAAACAAUAAUUCAUCUUCUGGACUCCGAUUUGAACCAAAUUGCAUCGUUUUGUGCUUUAAAAUAUAGUGAAGGCGAAAUAUGUGAUCCACACUUUCAGGUUUCGGCAACUUUGAUGGGCGAUAAUUUAUUCAUUCUUUUCUCUGUGAGUUACAAUGAUCCUGUGUUUUAUGUAUACAAUCUAUUUUCGAAAAAAUUCAUCUCUUUGAACAGCUGCGUAAAAGUAAAAGGUGCGGAAUGGCGGCCCUACAGUUCGCUUUUGAAUUGUCGCGACGAGGUGUACUGUUGUUUUAAAGACGGUCGUGUAUUAAAAUACUCGAUCGAACUGAAUCGCUGGAUGAUAUUUUCAGAGCCAAUGUCUGACUCUAACGAAGAAGACGUAUUGUUUACCAGUAGUAGAAAAAAGUUGUAUAGGCUGUACAGAAGUUCAGAAGAUUCGCUUUCAGAUUAUGUGAUGGAAGAAUUCAAUUUUCAACAGAAUGUGUGGUCAUCUUUGCCAAAUUUAUCAUUCAAUCUAUCAUCCUAUAAUGACGAACCAGUUGAACUAACCAUCACCAAUGACCGUAAGCUUACUGUGAUAUUCCUUACACGUUUUAUGUCAUUUUACCGAAAUUCAAAACAGUGGCGUAAUUUUCCCCGGGAAAGAGAUAGUGAGUAUGUGAGCCCGUAUUAUCGUAAUCGUGAAACGCUCGCCUUAACACAGUAUGAAGGAAGACUUUUACAUUUCUUCGUCAACAAACUGUAUUAUUGGUGUGCCGAGGAUAGAAUCUGGGUAUUGAAAAAACAAUUACCAUUUAGAUCUGUACCAGCCGGUGCUAUGGAAAGCCUUUAUCCUUAUUAUAGUAUCACUGCGAUUCAACGAUGUACUUAAUAUUCGUAUCAACUAAAUUAAUACAUUGUAAACUUCGUGUUUAUUCAAGUUAUUUACUUCAUUAUUCGUAUUGAAAUUUCUGAAAAGACUGUUACUUAAUAGGUCAAUAAAUGGAUCUGUAUUGUA